AUGUCUGCUGCUCAACUCGUCAACGUCCACCAAGCCCUAGCGAUACAACUGACAAAUCCUCAAGCGCCUACGAUCGAAGGGAAGCUGUUUAGACACGCACUCAACGAGGUUGAGGAGGAAAAGAAAAGGGAGGGAAAGCUACCUGCCUAUUUUGCAAACCUCUUUCAUGCCCAGACAAUUGAAGAGGUUCGGUAUGCACUGGAGCUCGAAAGAAAGUCCAAUGAUUUCUGGUCGAAGGACGUUGGUAAAGCAUGGCUCAAAAACCUGAGCAGGUUCGCCGAGCAAGCAUGGCACUAUAAAGUGGUGUUAGACUCGGUGGUCGCAAGGAUGGGUCCUGACUUCAUGGCUCCAAUUGGAGGAACCAUGUCAUUUUUGCUAGGUAUCAUCAAAGAUUUGGGAACAACAGCAAAGAUGCUGGAGAGUACUGAGCGCACCUUGAGGCAGUCUAUGACACGAUUUGAGCGAUAUUUCCGAGAAAACACAAUGUCGCAAGAUGUUCAGAGUGCUCUGGUAACAUACUAUAAGCUCGUCCUCAAUUUUGCGGUUGACGUGCAUGGAGAGUUUGCUGGUGGCCGACUAAGUAUGCUUGACGUCAACUAUGUGCAGUAUAGACUGACUUUCUCAGAGGCUACGCUCAAUGCUGUACACAGGACACUAAAGUCUAAGUUGGCGGAUCUGCAAACGGACAUCCAUCAUGCCAUAGACGAUGUCGAUAAAGGCGCCACGAUUGACUGUCUCGACAAUAUUAGGGCUGGUGUCAGUGAUUUGCAGGCGAAUCUUGCUAACGUGCUCGGUGUCCAGCCAUCCACUCGUGGAACGAACUUCGGUCUUCCUUCUGCAAGCGCCACUUUCACUGGCCGAAGACAGUAUCUAAGUAACAUCUGGGCAUUUAUGCACAACGCCAAGGGACAAGCACGCAUGGCUCUGUGGGGCAUGGGCGGUAUUGGCAAGACGCAAAUGUUACAGAAGUAUGCCAAUGAUCAGCUUCGCACGAAUACAAAUCCUAGAGGUUACGAUAUCAUUAUAUACGUGAAUGCCCACAGUAAGUCAUCUGUCUUUGCAGCAAUUCUGUCAUUCAUGCAAGUACAUGCACGGAACGAGCUUAUGCAGAGAAAGGUAACGGAAACCGACUACAGUUCUUUCCACGUGUGGAUGCUUAGUCGGGAGAACUGGCUGCUUGUUAUAGACAAUGUGAGCAAUCUUGAUGAUGUGCGGAAUAUGGUGCCUGAAGGAAAUGUUGGUCACGUCUUGUUCUCGACCCGGUAUGCUCAUAUGGCACGAGAUCUUGCACCGAAUACGACACCUCUCGAAGUCACACAGAUGCUACCUGAAGAGAGUGUUCGUCUUGUGCUCAGGUUAGCGGACGUCUCGGUCAACCCGGCAGACAAGGAGGCUGAUAUUGCUCACAAAGUCGCCGACUUCGCUGGUGGAAUGCCCUUACUCAUUGAACAGAUCGUUAAAAACGCGCUCUUUACAGGAGCAAGUCUUGAAGACACUCUGCAGCAAGUUACGCAGAAGACUGGCUUGCUUACACAGAAGAAUAUGUCAUCUCUUCACCAGGACAAUCUGUCUUUGGCUGCUGCAGUUAUGCAGACCAUCGAAUCCGUGAAGAGGCGCUCGGUGCUGGCUGAAGCUUUACUCAAAAUACUUACCUAUCUUGAACCAUCAUCUAUACCAGUUACUUUGUUACACGAUGGAGCAGCGCGAUACCGAGCAUUUCUUCAACAGCCCGUUACCUAUACCCGGGGGACUAUCAAGAGGAUCUCAGCAUCCGAUCUCCGGGAUCGAAUCGAUGUUGAUGUUGAAGUCGAUGGGCUAGAAGCAAGACGCGAACGAAGGAGGGACAAGAUCAACCUGGCAGGCUUUCGGGCCACGUCUGCAUUUCAUAAAUUCUGCGACAAGCAAAAGCAAGCUUCCUCCGCUUUGCCAGUAGACGAUAUGCAGCUUCGGACUUCCCUUCUCCGCGAAGCUGGACCGGACACCCCACUUGGCCGAGUGUUCGAUAAUCUAGUGUCGAUCUCUGACGCGAUUGUUAUAUUACGAGAUGCAGCUGUUAUCAGGAACACGAGUGCCACAACUCUAUGGAUGCACGAUCUCGUCUCUGAGAUAGCCAAGACCCUGAUUUCUGAUGAGUCAGGUCCCGAAUUAAGCCAUCUCAUCGCAUCAACAAAACUCGCUUUUGCGAGAGGGUACAGCCUUGAAGGCCUUGGAAAGAUGACCGAGCAGGAGGAGCAUAUCAAUCGCAGCCUCAUUAUUGAAUACUUCCGCCACGCAUACAUGGGUUACAUGGCUGGUUGGCAGCGCUUGCGCAACGACUAUGGCAUUAGCAAUGCGCAGAUCCUACGAUCCAUGAGAGACGACCGAAGUCGUGGAAUUGAGUGGGGAUUUGAUGGUUACAACUUUGAUCAGUAUGCUACUGAGUUCCGUCACCAGCGAUUUGGUCGUUCUGCACCUUGGCGAGCAUUACAGACCGCAAUCAAGCUUGCCAUUCUCUGGGAACAAAACUUGGCUACACUGCCGUACGCAGUUGGAUACACGAAAGCAGUCCUUGAAAUGUAUAAGAAAGCUUUUGGUGAUGCUGACGAUGACACCAUUCACCUUGUUGAGAUGUUGAUCGACCAGGUCGGAGAUAAAGGACAAGACUUGGCAAUGGCAUAUGAUCUUGGUAGACGACACUUGAGAGAUUAUUUGAAUGGCGAAUCCACUUACUUCAGGACACUGGAUGAGCGAAUGAGCGACGAAAUGGACGAGGAGUUCUUGUACAGCCGCCCUGCUGGAUGUGGGUUGUCAAUAAAGCUUGGUUGGCUAUGCAUGGAGCUUGGAAAGGCUUGUGACUCGGCGGGAGAUGAGCAAGGUAGGAACAAAUACGCCGCGGAAGCGAUCGAACGACGCCUGUUGCUCCUGAAAUGGCACCGCCUGCGCCUUGACGAGUAUGACCAUAUGUGCGUACCUUCAGGACUCGACCUUGCUCGUGCGUAUGACUUAGCCAGGGAUGUCGAGCACAGCCUACACCAUUACGCCACGGCGGUGCAUGUCUCGAUGUAUGAGGAGUACCUCCCAGUUUCGAAAGGCAUAUACAAGUCUUAUGAGAGCACAAUCCUCAAAGUGAUGGAGACAUAUGAGGAGGCUCGGUCACGACUAUUGCCACCAUCCAGUCACAUUGAGGUGAGCGACGAUCUGAAGGAGCUAUUGCAUCGGGUCGACAUGGAAAGUGCAGCGUGGAAGGAGCGCUACCACUUCCGCCAAUCACAGAUACCAAAACGCAAACCUCUUCCUGAAAUUGACUGGGAUGCACUUUAUGCGCAGCCUUUUUGA